UCAAGCAAGACUCUCAUUGACUUCUGAGAGAAUUUUGUGUGCAGGACCAGUCCUUACUUACUCUCCUACAGGUUGUGUCUGGGUGACAAGACAGUCCUUUAAAAAUGAAAAAGUUCACACUCUUUGAUUUUGUAAAUGAUAAUUCACUGCAAAUUGGAGAGACCUCAUGGAUACAGGGUCUUCCUAAGGAUGACAGUGAACUAGAAAGGCUUCUGAAACUAAAUGAACAUGUGCUAGUAAACUGGCCUGUGGGAGAAAGAAAGACAGAGAAGCACCUUGUUAAAGUUAUAUACAUGAGUGAUGACCCUCAGGAGCUGGUUGAAAUGAUGCAAAAGAUAUUGCAGGCAGAUGAAAUCACAAAAAUACAAGUGCUUGGAAAAGGCAAGAGAAAGAGGAUUGAGAUGAUAUUCUCAGAGAGUGAAGACAGUGACCUGGAUAAAGAGCAGGGGAAAAUUAUGAAGAGUAUAAAAAGAAAGAAAUCAUUACAGGCCUCUGCCUCUGCCAACAUCCUGAGUCAGCUUGAAACAUCUUUAAUUAACAAGCAGAGAGAACCAUAUUCUGGAAAUUCCUUUCUGUAUAGUGAAAGCAGCAGUGAUGAUGAAGAACCCUUGUUUCAACUAUCCAAAGUGGAACUGUGUGCCAAAAUAAAAAGUCUAAAAAGGAAAUUGACAGACACAAUGAGAGAAAACUGCCGUCUAAGGCAGUCAUUGGUCAUGCUUCAAGUGUUGCCACAGGCAGUAACACAUUUUGAGGAACUGGUAGGUAUGGCAGAGGCACUGCUUAAAGGAGGAGUGACUACAUCUACAUCCAGCCUUCAUUCACAGACUGUCUGGAAAGCAUCCAGCAAUUCUUUAGCUGAUUCAUACACAACUAUCCACAGUAACUCAAAUUCACCAAUAGCUUUAAAUGUGGAGGACGAAGAACAACAGACUGAGAAACAGUUUAAAAUUGAAAAAUGGCAGAUUGCCCUUUGUAAUAAGAGCAAACCUCAGAAGUUUAUAAAUGAUUUGAUGCAAGCACUUUAUACACACGAGUAUAUGGCCACGCACAGCCUAACAGGGGCAAAGUCCUCCUCUUCAAAGGAUAAAGCAGCAAAACCAGCUAUGAAUCAGAAUGAAGUUCAGGAAAUAAUAGGAAUCACAAAGCAGUUGUUUCCAAAUACAGAUGAUGCUUUAAUUAGGAGAAUGAUGGGACAAAAGUUAAACAAUUGCACCAAGAAGCCAAUUAUAAGCAAAGAUCUUAACUCCAUUACUUUUCAGAAGCAUACCUUUUGUUUAGAUAUGAAUUGUCUCAACAGUGGCUUACCUGCUGCUCCUCCCAGUACUCAGGGCACCAUCCCUUCGGCUCCUCUUCCCAGCACACAAGAUCAGCAGGAUGAUGAUUCACCAGCUCCUCCCUCUAACACGCAAGUUCAGCAAGGUGACAGUUCUCUGGCUCCUUCAUCUCCUAUGCUGCAAGCUCAGCAGGGCAGUUUCAAACCAGCUCCUUCCAGCACAGAGUCUCACCAAGGCAGAAGUUCUCCGGCUUUUGGUUCCAACCAGAGUUACAGACAGGAUCUCAGGAACUCAGACAAGGAGUAAAAGUAAGCCCUUGCAGCACGGCAGAAAGGCCAUGGAUACUGGGGACACUAAAAAGCAGGUAGGCAGUAAUGAUACUUAAUGGUGUGUUCAGAUGCUUGCAACAGUAAGCUAGGAUACUGCAAGUGGUUAGAGGUUUUGGAACAAUUUUCUGAUGCUUGAUGAAAUUCCCACAGUAUAGAAAAAAUUCAAGGCACUUCAAUAUAUUCAGAUAAGAAAUUAUUAAAUAUGUGCAUGUUAUACUGUAGUUCAGAACAUAACUUGUUCCAAAAUAAAACAAAGGUUCCCCUGUAGUCAAAUAAAAGGCACAUUAUUUAAGAGAAAUAUAAAUUCAAGAAAAAUGUUAUGUCCUUGCAUUCACAUGGAUAACAAAUGAAAAGCCUGCUAUAGGUAUCUUUAGUCUUUCAAACAGAAAUUUUCUUUAUUAUGAUAUAAAGGGACACAGAGAGAUUUGAAACAUGAUCAGUAAAUAAAAUGCAGGUUGUAUCCAAUAAAGUGUUAGGCUGACGUAGGGCAAGAAAACAAGACCUCAGUGAUGCUGUUGAAUUGGCAAGCAGGUUGUAGUUUGGGGAAAUGCAACUGCCCUACAAAGGGAGGAAUGGGAGAAGGAGAAGAAAAGUCUCUUUUUUGCCCCAAAGGAGUUGGGAAGGUUCCUUUUGGCUUGUAGGCCUAUUAUAACCUGGGAUACAAUUUCUCUAGAGAGAGCGUGGAGAGAAAGAUCAUCUGGACUCUGAGAAGAACUGGAGCAGGGUGAGAGAGCCCAUAGUGAGCA